CAAUUCAAAGCUGAAUGCUGUAAUUUAUAGGCGGCGUCGCUUCCGUCCGUCGGCUGUCAAACUGAAUGAGCCAGCCGGCCACGCCAAGCCAGCCAGCCAAGCCAGUCAAGACAAAGGCGUUUGAAAUUAGAAUACCAAACAUUAUCACAUGUUCCGAGCAGCUGACUCUGACCUUGAAUGGCCGAAAAAAAUUAAAUACGAAUCAGUAAUGCCAAGUUGGCUAUAUUAGAGUCAUAUUUUUGAAAGAUGGUAGUAGGCCUUCGCCCUGCUGCCAGCCGAGAGAUGAGAUGAAAUGUCGAGUCCCGAGGCUGAAAUCAUGCUGCUGCUGUGUGGAUCUGCGGGCGGGCUGCUUCUUUCUGGCACUAUUUGAGAUCUUUGCAUCGAUCCUGGGCUUCUUUGUGGCCGAAGAGGGUAAGCUGUUUCUGAUUGGACGUUUGGCGUACAUGUUUCACUUCAUCGGCUCGAUAUUUCUGUUGAUGGGCAGCAUGUUGCAGAUCGAGACACUUGUAAUCAUCUACCUGGGUACGAAUAUAUUUCACCUGAUUUUCAGCACAGCCUUCGUGGUGGAGUACGCCGUGGAAUGUAGGUUCUGUGCUUUGGAAACAACACCCGUAUAUAUCACAUUGAUUGUCAGUCUCUAUUCUUGGCUGGUGGCCUUCUCGUACUUGCGACGCCUUCACUGGCAGAACGAUCCAGAAUACGACGAGUAGCAAGCCAACGGGGUAUCUUUAAGGUCUAUUCUGGAACUUCAUAGACUCUAUAGCACACUGUGUUUGUGUUUGCCUUGGUCUGUGUACUUUUCUGUUUUGGCUUUAAUUUCACACUAAUUUGUAAAUUUGCCUUUAAUGCCAAAAGACAA